ACCGGAUGCUGGCGCGGUUGUCGUGGGCGCGCACGUAUUUCUUUUUUCUGUCCUCGUGCACGAGCGUGAUGUCAGCGCGUCGUCGAGCUCGAAAAAUGUUAGCGUAUGUUGUUGAGUCCGGGAGCAACGAGCAGGAGGCUUCGCUAGGAAGGAAAUAAUCUCGGUUUUCCUUUUCGGGGAAACACACACACACACACACACACACUCUGACACACACUCACACACACACACACACACACACACACACACCGUCGCCGGGUUGUCGGGGUGCGUCGAGCCUGGCUGUAAGUUGGCGUCUUGGGGCCUGAGAGAAAGUUGGUGUGAUUAAUUUAUUUUCUGGAGUGAUGUCGAAUCCUGGGACUCGGAGGAACGGGUCAAGCAUCAAAAUCAGACUGACAGUAUUAUGUGCCAAGAAUCUAGCCAAGAAAGACUUCUUCCGAUUGCCUGACCCUUUUGCCAAAGUUGUCGUCGAUGGCUCAGGCCAGUGUCACUCUACAGACACAGUUAAGAGCACAUUGGACCCUAAAUGGAACCAGCAUUAUGAUCUAUACAUUGGGAAAACAGACUCGAUCACUAUUAGUGUAUGGAACCAUAAAAAGAUCCACAAGAAGCAGGGCGCUGGUUUCCUGGGCUGCGUGAGGCUCCUGUCCAACGCCAUCAGCAGACUCAAAGAUACAGGCUACCAGCGUUUGGAUUUAUGCAAGCUGAACGCCUCAGACAGCGACGCUGUCCGGGGUCAAAUAGUUGUAAGCCUCCAGACCCGUGACAGGAUUGGCAGUGGCGGGCCUGUGGUAGACUGUCGAGGACUGUUAGAAAAUGAAGGGCCCGUCUUUGAGGACUCCGGACCAGGACGGCCUCUCAGCUGUUUCAUGGAGGAGCCUCUGCCCUACUCGGACCCCACAGGGGCUGCUGGUGGGGGCAACUGUCGCGCGCUGGAGUCACCUAAUCAAGAGCAGAGGCUUCAAACCCAGAGAAUCCGAAACCAGGAGUCGAGAAGUCACGCGCACACCCCACAGAACCGGCCACAUGGGCACCAGUCACCAGACCUCCCAGAAGGCUAUGAGCAGAGGACCACCGUGCAGGGACAGGUCUAUUUUCUACACACACAGACUGGCGUGAGCACUUGGCACGAUCCCAGAAUACCACGGGAUCUGAACGGCGUGAGCUGUGAGGAGCUGGGCCCUCUGCCGCCCGGCUGGGAGAUCAGGAGCACGGUGUCAGGAAGGAUUUAUUUUGUUGACCACAAUAACAGAACCACACAAUUCACAGACCCCAGAUUACACCACAUCAUGAGCCAACAGUCUCAGGUGAAGGAGUCAAGCCAGGCUCUGCCAGUGCAGAUGGAUGUUCCUGUGGAGGAAGGUGAAGGAGAGCUGCCUGUGCGUUAUGAGCGAGAUCUCGUCCAGAAGCUCAAAGUGCUGCGCCACGAGCUCUCGCUGCAGCAGCCUCAGGCUGGACACUGCCGCAUAGAGGUGUCCCGUGAAGAAAUCUUUGAGGAGUCUUACCGUCAGAUCAUGAAGAUGAGGCCGAAGGACCUGAAGAAGAGGCUAAUGGUUAAAUUUCGUGGAGAAGAGGGCUUAGAUUACGGUGGAGUGGCAAGGGAGUGGUUGUACCUCCUGUGUCACGAGAUGCUUAAUCCAUACUAUGGCCUGUUCCAGUACUCCACAGAUAACAUCUACACACUGCAGAUCAACCCCGAUUCGUCCAUCAACCCUGACCACUUAUCAUACUUCCACUUUGUGGGGAGGAUCAUGGGCCUUGCUGUGUUUCAUGGGCACUACAUAAACGGAGGCUUCACGCUGCCCUUCUACAAGCAGCUCCUGGGGAAACCCAUCCAGCUUUCUGACCUGGAGACUGUGGACCCCGAGCUCCACAAGAGCCUUGUCUGGAUUCUAGAAAAUGACAUUACAUCUGUUCUGGAUCAUACGUUCUGCGUAGAACACAACGCUUUCGGCAAAUUCCUCCAGCAUGAGCUUAAGCCCAACGGCAGAAACAUCCCAGUGACGGAGGAGAAUAAAAGGGAAUAUGUGAGGCUCUACGUGAACUGGAGGUUCAUGCGAGGCAUUGAGGCCCAGUUCCUCGCUCUGCAGAAGGGCUUCAACGAGCUCAUCCCGCAGCACCUGCUCAAGCCUUUUGACCACAAGGAACUCGAGCUAAUCAUCGGAGGACUUGGGAAGAUUGAUUUGAACGACUGGAAGGCCAACACGCGGCUAAAGCACUGUGUGGCUGACAGUAACAUAGUGAAGUGGUUUUGGCAGGCGGUGGAGUCAUUCGAUGAGGAGAGGAGGGGCAGACUGCUCCAGUUCGUCACCGGCUCCACACGCGUCCCUCUUCAGGGCUUUAAAGCACUGCAAGGUUCUACAGGUUCUGCAGGACCAAGGCUCUUUACUAUCCAUUUGAUUGAUGCCAAUACGGAUAAUUUGCCCAAAGCCCACACGUGCUUCAACCGCAUCGACAUCCCGCCUUAUGAGUCAUACGAGAAGCUCUAUGAGAAGCUCCUGACUGCCGUGGAGGAGACAUGUGGCUUUGCUGUGGAGUGAACUGUUUCGUCCAGCCAGCGUCCACUAACCCGUCUAACAGCCCCUUCAACCCCACUUCUUCUUCUCUCCCUCACUCUUCCUCAGGGUGGACAGAAACGUGCCUCCCUGCAGGCUCGGGCAAAAGGCCGUCUGCACCUCUCCCAGGAGCACAGAGAGGAGAGGCGCUACACCGGGCCACUAACUCGCGCACGCACACGCACACGCACACACACACACACACAGCCUGGGUUUUAUACACACACACACACACACACACACACAUACCAUUUCCAGGCUGCUCAAGGAUUAUUUAUUUCCGUUGUGAGUCAAAUGGCUUUAAUUUGCAUUACGAUGACGACCGGUACCAGAAAAGAGAGAAAAAUCAUCUCUUUUUUUUCUUUGUUUGUUUUGGGAAAAAAAUCACUUGCUCACAUCAUUGAAAUGGUGGAUUAUGGUUUUAUGCCUGAUUGAAAUUCAGCUGAGUUUGCAUCACGUAGUGGCAAAAGCACAUAGAGGUUUUAGACUAAACUGAUCAUGAUGCUUUCUGCUCUGAGGACACGUCUCAGUAACUUUAACUCCUAUUUGUGUUGCAAUAUUCCUGUCCUUUCUGAGCCUGUGGACUUACACAGCGGUCGUAUUUUAAUCUCGGAGAUCUUAACCGUAAACCGACUGACAGACAGACAGACAUGAGGUUUCAUUUUUUUAUACUCGACUUGAAAUCAGUGAUAUGUACAGACAGCACCCCCUUUUCCUUUUUUCAUCUUAUAGAAUGACGGUGUACAUUUCAGUGAUAACCAUCUCUUAUACUGUAUGUCAGCAUUAUUUUUUUAGCUGUUUUAAAUUGAUCGCUUGUAACGUGAAACUAAAAAAAUUUUCCCUAUGAUCAAGACAAGAAUGCUUACCGUGUCUUGGGACCUUUUGGGACCAUUUUAAGAAAUGGCUGCCGUGUGUGUGUGUGUGUGUGUGUGUGUGUGUGUGUGUGUGUGUGUUUUCACUAACAGAAGCACAUCUUUUACGGCUCGUAGAUCACAUACAGUAUAAGGCGUAACAAAGCCCAUCAUGGACAUUUUGUCAAAUGGAAGAAUUUUCCAUAAAUUAAGCCAGUAUUCUUAAUGACUCGUUUUAAGUAAAUUUUAAACUUUGCACAUUGCACAAAGUUUCUUUUUCCUUUGGUUUUUUUUUUUUUUUUUAUUGUUUUUUAGUUUUUUCUGAUCAUCAGAUUUCCUUUUUUUUUUUUUUUUAGAGGUGAAUGAUGCCAUGCACAAAAUAUCAGUUUACAAAAAUGGUUUAUAUUUCAGAUGUCUCCCACAGAGCUACCAGACCUGCGUUCCUUUUCCAUCGCAUGGCCAACUUAUAAACAGUGUGGUAUUUGGAAUCAGAAAUGUUUCAGUGAAGGUUGUGUAGUCCUAAAGUGUAUUUGGACAACGAUGAUUGUUUUAGCAUUAACUGUUUCUUACCGUUUCGGUGCUCCCUUUCACUGCAAGACUUAUUUAUAUAUGCGUCUCCAAACCAACGUCUCGUCCAUGGCACUUUCACUAAAACAUACCGUAACAAUCCCUUCUUUUCGUUCUGAGGAGACAGACUUGUUCUCUGUAGAGCAAAGCCAAUGAUUUAGACAGCCAUGCUCUAGUAAAGUCCUCACAAAUCUGUGUCUCCAGUAUGUUUCUAUUCUCUUCUUAGCUUUGUGGUAUUACUUUUAGGUUUUGCCUUGACGUUAGGUCAGGAGUGUCCAGUCUUAUCCACACAAGGGCCAGUCUCACCACAGGUGUUAAUUCGACUUAAACAACAGCCACACCUGAUCCAAGCCAUCAGUCUUUUAAAGACCAAGACCAACAAGCGGAAGAUGAUGUGUUUGAAUAGAAUAAAACCUGUUGGAUAAGCUCGAACAACCCUGCAUGGCGUUAAGGAUUAACAGCAUUGAGAGGUCUAAGAUUUCAUCAUAGAGUGCUCGGUGUUCAUGGCACCAGUUGAUUCUUUGGAAAAUUGACAUAAUGAGCCAAUUUUUUUAGUUAGGUGUUCCGCAACCACUUGGUCUUUUUUUUUUUUUUUUUUUUUUUUUAAUGAAUUAUUUAUUACUAUGUAAUGUCCUUUUAAGUAUUGCUGCUAUUAUCAUUAUUCCCUGUUUUUCCACAAAAAGCUGUACACUACUCUCUUUAUUUUAAUGUAUGGAUCAAAGUAUUUAAACCUGCUGCUAAUUCAGAGAAGCCUGUCCAUUGGCCUGGAUCGAGUUAGCGUUGAUGUAGGCUGGACCCCGGCGGUCAUUGUUCAUAUUUGUGAUAUAUGCAAUAAAAUGACACCUUUAUAUUCUUG